UAUAUAAACAGGUGGUUCAGGUUUUACAAGUGAUGAUGUAUUGUGCUGCGGUGAACACCCAUUCAUAUAAGAAGUAGAAGCUUUAUAAUCAUUCAAUCAUUGCUAACUCUACUCCGGCAGUGAUGAACGCAAACAUGAAUCACAUUCUAAAGAUCUUAUAUUUUUUAACACUAUCAGCGGCAAUAUCGGGAAAGGCUUCGCGCGGUCGGAACACUGUAGAAGAUGAUUACCAACGUUAUGCCUAUAAUAAUAUCCAAGCAAUCGACACAUCACCUAAUGCAGACAAAGAACAAUUCGGAUACAGAGAAGACCAACUGAACGGUGCCUACACACCUUUGUUGGAACCGCACGGAAACUUAAAAGUAGUGGAGUAUUCUUCAGACGAUUUCAGCAACGGAUUCAACGCGAUUGUACAAAAAUUAGCAGCGAGUUUAACAGAACCUUCGCCUCUAUUCGGACCUCUACCACUGCCUCUGCCGCCGGUUAACCCUUUAAUAAACCCACUGAAUUACGGAUUCGGAACAACGGCUACGCCUGUAGAACAACACGUCACGGUCACUGGUCGCAGUAUCCCUUGGGAUUCGAAAACGCAUUCGUUCGGCGGAUGGGUACCUCUCAAGGGACCCAUACGCAAAGCGCCGCAAGCAAAGAUUAUCACCAGAAAGUACGUGAACGGACAACUGUAUCGAGUAAAGUCUAGACCCAUCUCGUUGGUAGGCAAAACAAUCAUCAUCAAAAGGAAGCCCGAUUUAGAUUAAGAACCAGAUGCCAUAUUAUUUAGAUUUAGGAUUUUAGGAAAUACGUAACUCUCUAGUCUUUAAAUAUUUGUAAAUAGCCUAUUUUAUUUAGAAUGUGAUUAGCUAUUUAUAAGUGAAAUUUUGUUGCUAUUAAUUAAAUGAUAGUGACAACAAAAACGAUAAA